AUGUCGGUACGAAAGGCUCAUAAUGCCGGCCGAAAUCAUCUCAGGAAUGUGAUCGACUACUAUCAGCAAAUUGGUCACGAAAAGGCACAAUCAGUCAUCGACUCGAUUACCGCCUCAUACACAGCUGAAGGCCAGGUAAAUCCUAUGCUUCAGCAAGCUGGUCCUGGAUUUGGCCCUCCACCUCCAGGAUUUCCAGCAGGAAUGCCACCUCCACCGUUCGGUAUGCCUGGUGCUCCUACGCCUGGGCCUGGCGGUAUAGUUGCCCCUCCGGGAGGUCGUGGUAUGCCUUUCCCUCCAUUUCCACCAAACGGCGCUCCUCCUCCGAAUCUCCCAGCUGGGUUGCCGUUUCCUCCCCCUGGUGGAUUUCCUCCAAACUUUCAGAUUCCUCCUUCCGGGGCUCCUGGCAGUUUUCCACCACCUGGUCAACAAGCGCAACAAGGUCCUCCGGGAGGGCCAAGUCCCGGACCUGGCUCCGUUCCAGUUCCAGGCCAAGGUCCGCCGCCAGGAUAUGGCAUAGGUGCUCCACCAGGAACGAAUGAUUACAGACGCUGA